GCUGGCCUUUUACCUUCUUCUCUGUAAUGAAGUAAACAGAGUUCCUUAAAACAACUUCGGAAAUAAUCCCAGCCAUGCCUUGUGCUUCUCUUCCAGCAGCGAUGAUGAAUUUGAAAAGUUUUUAGCUAAAAUGAAAACUCCCAAAUCUGUUUUGAAAAAGGCAGAUGCAAGUUUGAAGGACUUCAUUGAUGACUCAGAUGAUUUCUUCUUGGACUUUAAAGUGAAAAGGAGCACAACAAAGAAUGCACAGAAGGAUCUUCAGACCCCAAAGAAGCUGAUGACUUCUGGAAAGAAAAGCAGUUGCUGCCAGGAGUUGGAAUAUCCAGAGGCUUCAAGUGACACUGAAGAUUCUGUCUUUGAAGAAAAUUUAUGGCAUGACUACCAAAAAAAGGAAGUGACAGACUUGAAAGGGAGCUGGAGGUUCAUAAAACUCCCACCUCCCCAAAAUCUCAGAGAGUCGAUUUCCAGAGGCAGUCCAGACUUCCUUACUAGAAGGAAAGAAAGAAGCUGUGAAAAGAGCACAGAAAAUAAAGUGCCAACAGUAACACGACGACAAAGCACUGAGGUAGAAUCAGAGAGCUCAGAUGAUGAAUUUGAAGCAUUAAUAGAACGGAUAAGGAAACGGAGCACACCCCGAAAACCAAUCUUAGGCAUGAGUAAAACUGUCUACCAGCCAAGCACAACAGAAAACAUCAAGCCUACCUGUAAAGAUACCCAGCUCUUGAAAGGGGAGGGAGUCAAGACACCAAAGUCAAAUUCCAUUUCACUUCAAGUGACACCUUCCAGGACAGUGGCUUCUGCAACAAUUCCUAGGAAUGAAUUUCUCUACUGCUCACAAUCAGCAAAGACAGAGAGAAGGCCCAGGGUGUGCUCAGUGCCUGGCUGUUUCUUGCAAGAUCUCUCAAACCCAGCUUCCCCCUACGUGAAGUAUUUCAAGAAGAAUAAAGAGGAGCUGGCACAGAAGCUUUACUGUCUGUAUAACAGUACCAUCUUUGAGCAUAAGUUGCCAGAGAAGAUGACAAUAAGCUGGAAUAAGAAAAUGAGGAAGACAGCAGGCUAUUGUGUGACUGGGCAGACAGAAGGUCCCGAGGCAAAGCGUUAUGCUCGCAUUGAGCUGUCUGAGAAAGUCUGUGACUCUGCAGAUCGUCUUCGGGACACACUAGUUCAUGAGGCUUGCCAUGCAGCCACCUGGCUGAUCAACGGUGUUCGUGAUGGACAUGGACCAAUCUGGAGAUGCUAUGCCAAAAAAUCAGCUGUGAUCCACCCAGAGCUGCCAGUAGUAACACGAUGCCACAGCUAUGAGAUUAAUUACAAGUUCACUUACGAGUGUGUUCUUUGCAAAGCUAAGAUUGGACGUCAUUCCAAGUCUCUGGACACAGAGCGUUUCGUGUGUGCAUUCUGUGGAGGGCAGCUGGUUCUGAGCCAGCCCAGGGGGAAGGAUGGCACUCCUGCCAAAACACAUCUCACACCCUUUGCAAAAUAUGUGAAAGAAAACUAUGGACUUGCUAAAAGAGAGCAGCGUGGGCUGAGCCACGCAGAAGUCAUGCGGAAACUCAGUGAGGAUUUUGCUUCCAAAACUAAGCUUCAAGAUUCCUUGUAAUAUCUCAGUGUGCUUUGUUUCUUGAUGCCCCUUAAAUUUGUAGUAAAUGAGUCUAAAGAUGAGGAUUCCAGGUAAUUGAAGUAUUUCAGCAUUAAAUACUUGUAGUGAAGAAGACCUCAAAGCCUUUUCUGAAAUGGGCAAGAGCGAGCCAGAAGGAAUGAUGAUAAAGUCCAUAGUGAUGCACAAGUCAGGGUUGUCCUUCUCAGACUUCAGAUAAACACCUGUGCCUGGGAAGAUGCAGUUUUAGGCCUUUUGUGGGACUGACUUGCUCUGUUUGUCUGGAAUUUUCUGAAUGGUAUUUACACAUGGUGCUUCACAGCAUGUCUUGUGACUCCAGUGAACAAGGGAUCUACUCUGUCAUCUGAGCAGCUGAUGUGCUAUAGGCUCUGUGUGUGUGCGCUGAAGUACUCCUAGGUAUCUGGCUGAGAUUGCCAGAUGCAAGAAAAAUCCAGGCCCACCAGCCAAAGUCCUCUGAUUCUGAAUUGACUUCCAAGCAGGAAAAGGGGCAGACCUGAGGAAGGUUUCCACAUGGCUUCAGGCAUUCUCCCAAGCAGAGUUUCUUGAGUGAUCCUCGGCUGUUUUGGUUAAAAAGGUAGAUGAUGCCUUGAGUCUGUUAGAGAAAGUGGAGUUUCUACAGUGCCCUUUGGCCCUUAGCAAGGUCAGAGUUCUUUCUCAUUAGGUUUUGAUUGCAGUUGUGCCUGUCACUGAGAUUUCAUAGAAACUAAAAUAGAUGCUGAAGCUUAGGUUGGAGAAAGCAAGUUCUAACGCUUGCCACCAUAGAAGGAGAAGGUCUGGUCUGAAGUCUUUCAUGUAGAACAUGACAAUGUGUGUUACUCUGUGUGUAUUUGCAAUGAACAAAUGGCUUAGGGGAUUAGUAAUUUUGAAUAAUCAAUAA